UACCAGAACAGGUUUUUAGGCCUGGCCGCCAUGGCAUCUCCAUCCAGAAACUCCCAGACCCGGCGCCGGUGCAAGGAGCCUCUCCGCUACAGUUACAACCCUGACCAGUUCCACAACAUGGACAUCAGAAGCAGCCCCCAGGGCAGCGUCACCAUCCCCCGCUCCACCAGCGACACUGACCUGGUCACCUCGGACAGCCGCUCCACGCUCAUGGUCAGCAGCUCCUACUACUCCAUAGGGCACUCGCAGGACCUGGUGAUCCAUUGGGACAUAAAGGAAGAAGUGGACGCCGGGGACUGGAUCGGCAUGUACCUCAUCGAUGAGGUCUUGUCUGAAAACUUUCUGGACUAUAAGAAUCGUGGAGUCAAUGGUUCUCAUCGGGGCCAGAUCAUCUGGAAGAUUGAUGCCAGCUCCUACUUCGUGGAACCUGAAACUAAGAUCUGCUUCAAAUACUACCAUGGCGUGAGUGGAGCCCUGCGAGCUACCACCCCCAGUGUCACGGUCAAAAACUCGGAAGCUCCAAUUUUUAAAAGCAUUGGCUCUGACGAGACCAUCCAAGGGCAAGGAAAUCGGAGACUGAUCAGCUUUUCUCUCUCAGAUUUCCAGGCCUUGGGGUUGAAGAAAGGGAUGUUUUUCAACCCAGACCCUUAUCUGAAGAUUUCCAUCCAACCUGGCAAGCACAGCAUCUUCCCCGCCCUCCCCCACCAUGGACAGGAAAGGAGAUCCAGGAUCGUAGGCAACACCGUGAACCCCAUCUGGCAGGCCGAGCAAUUCAGUUUUGUGUCCCUGCCCACUGACGUCCUGGAAAUCGAGGUGAAGGACAAGUUUGCCAAGAGCCGCCCCAUCAUCAAGCGCUUCCUGGGAAAGCUGUCGAUGCCGGUGCAGAGACUCCUGGAGAGACACGCCAUAGGGGAUAGGGUGGUCAGCUACACACUUGGCCGCAGGCUCCCAACAGAUCAUGUGAGUGGACAGCUGCAAUUCCGAUUUGAGAUCACUUCCUCCAUCCACCCAGCCGACGAUGAGGAGCUCUCCCAGAGUACCGAGCCGGCGUCGGCGGAAGCUCAGGCCGUCCGGAUGAGCAGCCUGGGGGGAGCCAGCGGCGAGGAGCCCCCGGACGCCGCCCCGGAGCUGCAGCGGGACGAGCCUGCGCGGCCCGUGGAGGAGGCGGCGGGCACGCCGGCGGCGGCAGGCGACCACCCGGGCUCCGUGGCCCCCGAAGGGGCUGAGGAGCUCCCGGCCGCGGGGCAAGAGAGCCCCCCGCCCGGCCCGAGCGCGGAAGAGCCGGCCAAGGGGCUGGACCCCGGCGACGAGGCGCCCCCGCCGCCGCCUCCGGACGACAGGGCGGCCGCCGCCAGCGGCGAGGAGGAGCGCGCGCCGGGGGUCCCGGAGGACGCCGAGCGGGGGGCCGCGUCGCCCCUGCCGCUGCGGGCGUCGGGGAAGCGGAAGAGCCGGCCGUGCUCCCUGCCCGUGUCCGAGCUGGAGACGGUGAUCGCGGCGGCCUGCGGCGCCCCCGAGACCCCGCGGACGCACUACCUGCGCGUGCACACGCUGCUGCACAGCCUGCCCGCCGCCCGCGCUGCCCGGGGCGCCCCCGAGCCGGAGGACGCAGCGGAGGCCGCCCGCGACGACCCCUCGGAGAAGGCCGCCGCCCCGCCCGCCCUGCCCGCCCUGCCCGGGGAGCGCGCGGAGCCCGCGGGGACCGGUCCCGGCCCGGCCCCGGACGGCGACGCGCCGCCCAGCACCGGGAGCGAGAGCGACUCCAGCCCGCGGCAGGGCGGCGACCACAGCUGCGACGGCUGCGACGCGUCCUGCUGCAGCCCCUCGUGCUACAGCUCCUCGUGCUACAGCUCCUCGUGCUACAGCACGUCCUGCUACAGCCCCUCGUGCUACCACGGCCCCCGGCUGGCCGGACACGCGCGCUUCCCCUCCGUGGACAGCGCCAAGGUCUCCGAGGGCACGGCCUUCUCCUCGCAAGACGACGACGACGAAGAGAACAGCGCGUUCGAGUCGGUGCCUGACUCGGUGCAGAGCCCCGAGCUGGACCUGGAGUCCGUCAACGGCGCUGGGCCGUGGCAGGAGGAGCCCGCCGGCCUCUGCGGGAGCCUGGCGGGAGCCGCCGACGGCCCGGAGUCCCCAGCAGCGGGUCCAAGCAAUCGGAGAGAAGGUGAAUGUCCUAUGCUCCAUAACUCCCAGCCAGUAAGCCAGCUUCCUUCCCUGAGGCCUGAACACCAUCACUACCCUACAAUCGAUGAGCCUCUUCCACCAAACUGGGAAGCUCGAAUUGACAGCCACGGGCGGGUCUUUUAUGUGGACCACGUGAACCGCACGACCACCUGGCAGCGUCCGACAGCAGCAGCCACCCCAGAUGGGAUGCGGAGAUCGGGGUCCAUCCAGCAGAUGGAGCAGCUCAACAGGCGGUAUCAAAAUAUUCAGCGAACCAUUGCCACAGAGAGGCCUGAAGAAGACUCUGGCAGCCAAAGCAGUGAGCAAGUCCCAGCAGGAGGAGGCGGAGGCGGAGGGAGCGACUCAGAGGCCGAAUCUUCCCAGUCGAGCUUAGAUCUGAGGAGAGAAGGGUCACUUUCUCCAGUGAACUCACAGAAAAUCACCCUGCUGCUGCAGUCCCCGGCAGUCAAGUUCAUCACCAACCCCGAGUUCUUCACUGUGCUGCACACCAAUUAUAGUGCCUACCGCGUCUUCACCAGUAGCACCUGCCUAAAGCACAUGAUUCUGAAAGUCCGACGGGAUGCUCGCAACUUUGAACGGUACCAGCACAAUCGGGACUUGGUGAACUUCAUCAACAUGUUUGCAGACACUCGGCUGGAACUGCCCCGGGGCUGGGAGAUCAAGACCGAUCAGCAGGGAAAGUCGUUUUUCGUGGACCACAACAGUCGAGCUACCACUUUCAUUGACCCCCGAAUCCCUCUUCAGAACGGUCGUUUUCACAAUCACCUGACUCAUCGACAGCACCUGCAGAGGCUCCGAAGUUACAGUGCUGGAGAGGCCUCAGAAGUCUGUAGAAACAGAGGAGCCACUUUACUGGCCAGGCCAGGACACAGCCUGGUAGCUGCUAUUCGAAGCCAACACCAGCAUGAGGCAUUGCCACUGGCAUAUAAUGACAAGAUUGUGGCAUUUCUUCGCCAGCCAAACAUUUUUGAAAUGCUGCAAGAGCGUCAACCAAGCUUGGCAAGAAACCACGCACUCAGGGAGAAAAUUCAUUACAUUCGGACUGAGGGUAAUCAUGGGCUUGAAAAGUUGUCCUGUGAUGCAGAUCUAGUCAUCUUGCUGAGUCUCUUUGAAGAAGAGGUCAUGUCCUAUGUGCCCCUGCAGGCCGCCUUCCAUCCCGGGUACAGCUUCUCCCCGCGCUGCUCGCCUUGCUCCUCACCUCAGAGCUCCCCAGGGUUACAGAGAGCCAGUGCACGGGCCCCUUCGCCAUACCGGAGAGACUUCGAGGCCAAGCUCCGUAACUUCUACAGAAAACUGGAAGCCAAAGGGUUUGGACAGGGUCCAGGAAAGAUUAAGCUCAUUAUUCGUCGUGACCACUUGCUGGAGGGAACCUUCAAUCAGGUGAUGGCCUAUUCCCGGAAGGAGCUGCAGCGGAGCAAGCUCUACGUCACUUUUGCCGGAGAGGAGGGCCUGGACUACAGUGGUCCUUCGCGAGAGUUCUUCUUCCUUUUGUCUCAGGAGCUCUUCAACCCCUACUACGGACUCUUCGAGUACUCUGCAAAUGACACGUACACGGUGCAGAUCAGCCCCAUGUCGGCGUUUGUAGAAAACCAUCUUGAAUGGUUCAGGUUCAGCGGUCGUAUCCUUGGCCUGGCUCUAAUCCAUCAGUACCUUCUUGAUGCUUUCUUCACGAGGCCCUUCUAUAAGGCACUUCUGAGACUCCCCUGUGAUUUGAGUGACCUGGAAUAUCUGGAUGAGGAAUUCCACCAGAGCUUGCAGUGGAUGAAAGACAACAACAUCACGGAUAUCCUAGACCUCACUUUCACCGUUAAUGAAGAGGUCUUUGGACAGGUGACGGAAAGGGAGUUGAAGUCUGGAGGUGCCAACACGCAGGUAACAGAGAAGAACAAGAAAGACUACAUCGAGCGCAUGGUGCGGUGGCGGGUGGAGCGCGGCGUGGCGCAGCAGGCCGAGGCGCUGGUGCGGGGCUUCUACGAGGUUGUAGACUCGAGGCUUGUCUCCGUGUUUGAUGCCCGGGAGCUGGAGCUGGUGAUAGCUGGUACUGCAGAAAUCGACCUAAAUGACUGGCGGAAUAACACUGAGUACCGGGGAGGUUACCAUGACGGGCACCUUGUGAUCCGCUGGUUCUGGGCUGCCGUGGAACGCUUCAAUAAUGAGCAGAGACUGAGAUUGCUUCAGUUUGUCACGGGGACGUCAAGUGUGCCCUACGAAGGCUUUGCAGCCCUGCGAGGAAGCAAUGGCCUUCGGCGUUUCUGCAUAGAGAAAUGGGGGAAGGUUACGUCUCUCCCCAGGGCACAUACGUGCUUCAACCGACUGGACCUUCCACCAUACCCCUCAUACUCCAUGCUCUAUGAAAAGCUGUUAACGGCAGUGGAAGAGACAAGCAGCUUUGGACUUGAGUGA